GGCCGAGAGCAGACCAUUGGCCAUGAGUCAGCCCUAUAUCAGCGUCAAUAUCGGUCGUAAGAUGUCGGCCGCGAUGCAGCGAUAGCGUGAUGUGACCAUGACAAAAUCCCCUCAUUUGUCGGCAGUCACCCGAUCGCCUGACACAUUACCACACUUAUAUCUUCGACUCCCUCCAGGCAUCUUGACAAAGGUAGCGGUUGAUCCGCGCAUCUGUUAUUUGCCGACAGACCGACAGACCUGUCUAUAUUCCUAGCACAUCAGUGGCAUAUCCACGGCAAAAAUGUCAACCCAAGAACAACCGCACCAAUCACAGCUCGAGAAGCGCUCUGUCGUCUCCUCAUUUAUUUUCCACUUUCCUAACGGUCCCUGCGAGAAACCGGUGGUCGCGCUGUUUAAACGCAGCGAGAAAGUACGGACGUAUAGUCACCACCUUGCCCCGAUAUCCGGUAGUGUGAGUCGUAGCGACUCCUCCGUGCUGGAAGCCGCCUGGCGCGAACUCUCCGAAGAAACCUCCCUUGAUCAAUCGUCCCUCACUCACUGGCGCACCGGGAAGCCAUUCACCUUUGAAGACCCAGAUGUCAAUCGAGAAUGGACCGUCCAUCCGUUUGCGUUCAAGCUCAAGGAUCCAUCGGAAGGAGGACCGGGGGAAGGCGCUAUAAAGACUGAUUGGGAGCAUGAAGGAUGGGAAUGGUAUGAUCCGUACACAGUACUCAACGACGACACGUUGGAAACGGUCCCACGGUUACAAGACUCGUUGCGACGAGUCUGGUUCGAAGGAAGCUUGGACGAGCGCGCCGGCAAAGCACUCGCGCUUGGGUUGGAGCGUAUCCGUAACGACCAUGAAAGCGGAGCACAAGAGUUGACUGCGAUCGCGUUGAUGGUCUUUCGCGACUUUAUUGUCCACACCGAGGAAGGGAUCAACUGUACAGAAUGGUGGGAAACAACUCGCAUGGCAGCAUGGCACAUCAUUAAGAACGGCCGAGAAAGUAUGGGCGCAGCCACUAUGAAUGCGCUGAUUUCUGUCCUGGAUGAGAUGGAGGAUAUCCUCAAAGACGAGGAGACAAACUCACAGCACAAGUGGGAGCGAGUGCUUUCCAUGCUCGAUCACCAUCUGGCGAGUCGGAAGAGCCGCGCGACGCAGGUGAAGGAUGCGUUUGCCAAUUAUCUCCGAUUCAGAUUUCUGCACCACGGGGAAACAUUGGACAAGCUUACGAUACUGACUGUGUCGGCGAGCUCGACCAUCCGGGAUAGUAUUCUGGAUGCGUAUGCUUCGCUGGAUAUUCGGAAGCUGGAACUUCGGAUUCUGGAGUCACGACCACUGUUCGAAGGGACGAGCAUCGGCUCAUCAUUGCUUUCCAACUACAAGUCGCGGUUCAUCGACACCCCUGACAAAAACUUGAAAGUGAAGUUAUAUACCGAUGCAUCGGCUGCUUUAGCAGCUGCCGACGUGGAUCUAUUACUUCUGGGCGCGGAUCGAAUAUCCGCUACGAAAGGCGUGAGCAACAAGACCGGGUCUCUACCCGCCGUGCUCUGCACCAAGCACGUCAGCCCCAAAGCCCAGAUCGCCGUGCUGAGCGAUCUCGAAAAGAUCAACUGCGCGGGGAGCAUGAUCGACGAUGACCACCACGAAGACAAUGACCCAAUGGAGGUGAUCAGUGCCUGGCGCAAUGAUGGCGUCAAGGCGGUACGGGUGCUCGAAGACGGCAUGAAAGGGGGGUCAUCUACUGUUGAGGUGAAGAACAUUUACUUUGAAUGGGUACCGUUGUAUUUUGUCGAUGCGUUUGUCAGCGAAGAGGGUGUUAUGGAUGAAAGUCGGAUUCGGGAGAAGUCGAUGGAGUUGGGGGAGACGGUGAAUAGAUUUUUCCAUGACUUGUAAUUGACAACCUCUUGUUUUUGUAUUAAUUAGUUGAUAGAAUUGGACAGGAUUGAGGUAUAUACCGUUCACCAGGAAUCGAGCCAGAAGGAGCUAACUGUCAAUCUUCAAACACCAAGUGAUG